AUGGAUAAAUUCAAGGACAAAAUUGGUCAACUCGAAGAGCAAUUCAAAGGUCAAUUAUGCCCCCCCAAAAAGUCUGCGGAAAAACUAACCAGAUCAAUGUGGAUAGAAACAAACAUAAAGGAAGAAGCCCAUCAUUUCAAGAGUAAAGUGGGCAAAUUCUUCAACAUUGUCAACCCCAAUCAUCGCCACGACGAAGAGCACGAGCAAGAAACCGAUCGGAAGAGGACAGCCAUUGCCGAGUCCAAUCGCUUCGGAUCCUUUGCGCCAAUUCGAGAGAACAAUCGCGUGAAGUGGUAUGUCGAUGCGUUAGACUAUCUGUGGGCUGUUUCAGUUGCCCUCGAGCAGGCCAAGGAAGUCAUCUAUAUUGAAGACUGGUGGCUAUCUCCGGAAUUGUUCCUUCGGAGACCUCCAUUCUUGGCGCAGGAAUGGCGACUCGACCAGGUCCUCAAGCGUCGGGCUGAGGCAGGCGUGAAAAUCUAUGUGAUUGUAUACAAGGAAGUUAACCAAGCACUGACUUGCAACUCCGCCCACACCAAGCAUGCGCUGCGCAAGCUUUGUCCAGAAGGGUCCCCAGGCCAUGGCAAUAUCAAGAUUUUGCGUCAUCCAGAUCACAAUAUCUUUGAGAACGCGGCCGACAUAACAUUGUACUGGGCACAUCAUGAGAAAUUCAUUGUCAUCGACUACGCACUGGCGUUCAUCGGGGGAAUUGAUCUUUGUUUUGGUAGAUGGGAUGCGAACCAGCAUCCGCUGGCGGACGUCCAUCCGUCAAACUUCAAGGACGAGGUCUUUCCGGGGCAGGAGUUCAACAACAACCGGAUCAUGGACUUCCAGAGUGUGAUUGACUGGCAGGCCAAUGAGAUCAGUAAGGUGGAGUAUGGUCGGAUGCCGUGGCACGACGUUGCCAUGAGUGUUAUUGGAGGCUGUGUGUAUGACAUUGCGGAGCAUUUCGUGCUUCGGUGGAACUUCAUUAAGCGUGAUAAGUACAAACGAGACAAGAGUGUUGAUUGGCUCAUGCUUGAGGGUCGCACUGACGAGGACGAGGAUCUCGUCGCAGUCCAGCGUCCAAAGUAUCCUUGUGGGGAUUACGUGCAACAUCCCUACUCGCCUCUGAGCACCAAACCACUCGGAGACCAAGGCACCGCGCGGGCACAGAUUAUACGCAGUAGCGCUGAUUGGAGCAGCGGGAUCCUGACGGAGCACAGUAUCCAAAACGCGUACAAGGAGGUCAUCAGCAAGGCAGAACACUAUGUCUACAUCGAGAACCAGUUCUUCAUCACGGCUACUGGCGACAAGCAAGCCCCAAUUCUCAAUACAAUUGGGCGAUCUAUUGUCGAUGCCUGUGUGAGGGCCGGUAAGGCUGGUCGCAAAUUCCGUGUCAUCAUUGUGAUACCCGCCAUUCCUGGGUUUGCAGGGGAUCUUCGGGGGAGCGCAGCGACUGGCACGCGAGCCAUCAUGGACUACCAAUACAAGUCGAUCAAUCGCGGUGAGCAUUCAAUUUGUGGCCAGAUUGCUGCUCAGGGAGUGGAUCCUAAAGAACACAUCUUUGUUUUCGCCUUACGUGCAUAUGAUCGAAUCAAUAAGACCCCGGCUCUGGAGGAGCUGGAAAAAGAGGCCGGAGUGACGUACCAUGAUAUUCAGCGUGGUAUAGCUGAGUCCAUCAUGAGUGAUAGCGUUCAUCCUGCUAUUGGCAAAGAAGGUGACAAGGGUGAGGUAGGUUAUGACAAUGCACAACAGGAGAGGGAAGACCGGAUUGCGAAGUUGCGCAAGUACGAGGAAAAGAGCAAGAAUCAAAAUGCUGCCCGUGGAUACACUAGCAAGGACAGCGUUUCGCACACCGUGAUGCUCAACGGAGGCAAAAUGUCUGACGAGCCUUGGGAGGGUGACCCCGAGGCCGAAAAGGAUAACUUCGUCCAGGAAGAACUCUACGUCCAUGGCAAGGUGUGUAUUGUGGAUGACAGAAUUGUUAUCUGCGGUAGUGCAAACAUCAACGAUCGGUCACAACUUGGAUAUCAUGACAGCGAACUGGCCAUUGUUGUGGAAGACCAAGACUUUAUUGACAGCAAUAUGGACGGUCAGCCUUUCAAGGCCGCCCGUGUGGCCGCUACGCUGCGACGGCAACUGUGGAGGGAACACCUAGGCCUGCUUCCAGCACAGAAAUAUGAUGCCUCCCAACAUCCCAAUGCCCAGCCUCCUACUGUAUGUAUGAACGAGGUCCUCGAGGGACCCGAAAACGACUUCGUUGCGGACCCUCUAAGCGAAUCCGUGUGGAAGACGUGGACAGAGCAGGCCACUGUCAACACGGAAAUGUAUCGCGUUCUCUUCCGUGCGGACCCCGACGACAACAUUAAAACCUUUGAGGAUUACGAUACCUUCCGGCCUCGAGCGGGCAAGCAGGGUCAUCUAUUUGACCCCUACCAGCCGGUCAAGGAUGUACGGGAAAAGUUGGACAAGAUCAAGGGUCAUUUGAUUUGGUUGCCUUUGGACUUUUUGAAAGAUGCAGAAAUGGCUGAGCCGGGACUGGCUGUGAACCAUAUCACCGAGAGUAUCUACACCUGA